CAUUCAAUAACAUUUUUUUGGCUAGUAGUUGUAGAUUUGGGGACUUUGUUGCGGCUACAGUACGGCAGUAUCCUGACGCCUUGGUUGACACAGCGUCAAGGCCAACAACAGAAAAUACUACCACACACAGAUCACGAGGGCUCGGCAAACGCGGUGAAAUCCAAGAAGGGUGCGUGGAGGACAGCCAGAGGGCGGCGGCGUGUCAUUAGCUUAAGGCCUACGAGCGCAAGCGGAGCAGAUGGAGGCAACAGCGGUACGGAAGCAUACUGCUGCCAAACCAUCGGCGGCUGCUGCAUCGCAAGGCGCACCACGAUUGGUACAUCCAGCCCCCCCUCCGGAUACCGGUGACACCGCCGCCGCCGCCGGCACUGGCGUAAACGCCUCCUGCAAUCCCACCACCAGCCCAUGGAAAGAGAAGCUAAACCGUAUCGUCGGUCUCUGCGAUGAUGCAGGCCCUCCCGUCGCCGACCUCAUCCGCCCUCCUACCAACCUCCUGGCCCAUCCGCGACGGCACCGGGGGCCGGGCUCGAUUACAGAUACGGCGGAGCCACUUGCAGCCGACUCUCCUGCCGCCGGAUGCGGCGGUGUCACCAGUCAUUCUAGCGACAGCAACGGUGCUGUACCGCCGAGAGACGGAAACGACACCGAUCUUCCCUUGAAAACCAAGCAGGUUCUCAUCCUCUUGGACAUGAACGGCACCUUGCUGUACCGAGCGAAAAAGCCUCUAAGGGUUUCGAAUGAUGGCGGCGGCGGCGGCGGCGGCGGCGACUCGAAGUGGGGGGCCCCGGCGUUUGUCCACGGGGAGAACGUCCCCCUCCACUACUACAUGAGGCCCGGGGCCGCGGAGCUCGUGGCGGCGUUGGAGGCACACCCCCGGACGCGACUGGCGUUCUACACGUCUAUGCGAGGGGUGAACGCCCUCCCGGCGGCACGCUUCCUCAUGCCCGGCGACAGUCGUCUGCUGGACGAAAGCGGCGAGGACGUGCGGCCCUUCAUCGAGCGAAACCCUUUCCAACCGCGAGCCUCGUCCUGGUUAUGCACCGAGGAGGAAGAACAACAAGACGAGAUUGUGGCUUCCCCUCCGGCUAGGCUGUCUUUCUUGCAGGCGGUAGAGCUAGUGCUUACCACCGGCCCUCUGUCCCGGGAGUGGCGGGACGACGAUGGGCGUGGUGGUUCCCCGGUGGUACAGGUGGCAGAUGCAUCGGAGGAGGCUUCCCCGUCAGGAGAAGGAGUUGCACCACCAACGGCAGGCAGGUGUGAAGGAGGGCGGUCAACCUUCGAGGGGUUUGGUAAAAAUGUGGAGGCGUCGGUGGUGGCCUCGGUCCUAGAGCUGUUGCGAAGGGCGACGGCGGCGGCGGAAAGGUGGGGACUUUCGCCGCAGGAGCGGGAGAGGCUGGCUUUGUGGUCGAGCGCAGCAGCAGCAACGGCUUCCUAG